CGGCGCUGCCGGGCUUAUUUGGCGCCAGAGUGAGAGAAGGAAGGAGGGAGAUCUGAGGUCCCGGGAUAAGCUCAUCGUCCUCUUCGUAAACACACGCCGGAUCUUCGCCGCCACCAUGUUUGAGGCCAGACUAGUGCAGGGCUCCAUCCUGAAGAAGGUGUUGGAGGCGCUGAAGGAUCUGAUCGAUGAGGCGUGCUGGGACAUCACCUCCAGCGGGAUCAGCCUGCAGAGCAUGGAUUCCUCUCACGUCUCCCUAGUGCAGCUCACCCUCCGCUCCGACGGCUUCGACACUUACCGCUGUGACCGCAACCAGUCCAUCGGGGUGAAGAUGAGCAGUAUGUCCAAAAUCCUGAAAUGUGCUGCCAGCGAGGAUAUCAUCACUCUAAGAGCAGAGGACAAUGCAGACACAGUCACCAUGGUGUUUGAGUCACCCAAUCAAGAAAAGGUGUCUGACUAUGAAAUGAAGCUGAUGGAUUUAGAUGUUGAGCAGUUGGGAAUCCCGGAACAAGAGUACAGCUGUGUUAUAAAGAUGCCGUCUGGAGAGUUUGCACGUAUCUGCAGAGAUCUUAGUCAGAUUGGUGAUGCAGUUGUCAUCUCUUGUGCAAAGGAUGGAGUAAAAUUUUCUGCAAGUGGGGAGCUGGGAACAGGAAAUGUUAAGCUAUCCCAGACUUCAAAUGUGGAUAAAGAGGAAGAAGCUGUCACAAUAGAAAUGAAUGAGCCAGUCCAGCUAACCUUUGCUUUGCGAUAUCUGAAUUUCUUCACCAAAGCAACACCCUUGUCUCCAUCAGUGACACUCAGCAUGUCGGCAGAUAUCCCUCUAGUGGUGGAAUACAGAAUUGCAGAUAUGGGUCAUGUGAAAUACUAUCUGGCUCCUAAGAUCGAGGAUGAAGAAGCUUCCUAAUUUUGUAUAGUGUAUUUUUUAUGUAUUUGUCACCCAAACAUCACAGCUCUUUGCAACUGCCUUGUAAUGACAGUAAUCCAAGAUAACCAACUGGCUGUACUUCUAGGCGUGUCUGUAGAUAUUUAUGUAAAUACUCAAUCUUUGUAAAACCUGCCAUAUGAAGUCAAUAAAUCUUUGUAAUAAUGA